GAACGCGUACCUUACCUACCUACCAUGCAGCAUCAAUAGCAUUGCUUUUGACACAUGUCAAUACGGCAGAGACAUCACGUGAGGACAGCCAAGGGACCGUUGGUCCUGACUGCACUCCCUCGUAAUUGCUUCACGUUGCCUCUCGCUGCUGCUCUGUUCCCUUCCACUUGGUUCUAACCCAUCCUCCCCCUACGAUGGCUGAACACGAAGCCAACCGGCCAUCGAUCGAUGUUUCGUUGCUCCCAGACGCUUCCCUGACGGAAAUCGACUUUCGCGACACAUCUUUCUUCCAGUCAAAAGGUACAGAACAGGCUGAAUUACCAAGUCCGGAAGAAAUCAUCCAGCAGUACCCAGAUUUGCGCGGCAGAGGAAUCGCCAAGUUUGAGCAAUUGAAUCUCGUUGUCAAAACGGAUCAUUCGAACUACCUCAGGACCGAAGAGGCCCUGACACUGCGAGCUAUCCGACAGGCUUUUCCGUCCAACGAGGUCCCAGUCCCCGAGGUGUUCGGAUGGAGGAAGGUUGGGACCCGGGUUUAUAUUUACAUGGGCCUAGUAUCUGGGAAGACACUUCGGCAGGCAUGGGACUCUUUGACCUCGACGGAUAAAGCUUCUAUCCGCGAUCAGCUGUCCCAAAUCAUCGCAGCGCUGAGGCGCAUCACGCAAGGCUCCCCUGCUAGGUUCAUAGGCUCCGUCAACGGCGGCCACGUUCAGGACAGAUUCUUCAAACUAGAUUAUGAAGAGGGCCCCUUUUUCAGUAUCAAGUCAUUCAACGACUGGAUGGGUGCUGCUGCCACCCGGCAGAAGCCGGGACAAGAGGGGUUUCAAAGGGAUGUUUAUCGAGACUUCGUUGCCGACACGGGGGAGAUCUACUUCACCCAUGGCGACCUCACCCUCGGGAACAUCAUCAUCUCCGACGGGGAUAGCCCUCGGCGGAUUGUUGGAAUUAUUGAUUGGGAACAGGCGGGCUGGUAUCCCGAGUACUGGGAGUACUGCAAGCUACUUUACGCGGUGGAUUAUGAACAUGGAUGGCGCAGUGAGGGAUGGGCUGAGCAAGUGAUGAAACAGUACGAAGAGGAAUGGGAGGCCUUCGGAGAAUACAGCCACUGGAGAGGGUGCCCCUAGGGGUCGAGGCGAUGCCAGCGCUGCGGACGGGAGUGCACAUCUGCGAGUGGACGCUGGUUGAAACGAGCUAAUAUGGGUGAGCGUUUGCUGUGCAACAGGGACGCACGCGCGUACCUGGUCAACCGCGUACGGAGGGCGGCUUUUUCUCUUGUAACGCCUUUCCCCUUGCGGCGGCCUUUCCCUUUGGCACCUCCCCUGGGGCGCUCAGUCUCGAUAGUCAGUCUCAACAGUCAGUCUCGACUGGCGUAGGCCGAUACGUCCACCUUGUGCCGCCCGCUAUUUUAUGUUGAGCACCACCAGGUAUCUAUUUUACCGAUCUCUUCCCACUUUCUAGCCGUACAGGUCCAGGGAUCACAAACCCUAGUUCGGUGGAUGCAAGAUACAACUUCUUCCUUAGGAAACCAAGCCAAACUGAUGUAUCACCAG